UGGCCUGAGGCAGUGGGCUCCCGCGGCCCCGCCCCGCACCCCGUUCCCCUCUACUGAGCCCAGACCCGGAAGAUUCGGACAGUCCAGCUGGCCAUGGAGAAGCUGGCGCUGCGGCUGCACCUUUUCCCGCUGCUGCUGUUGCUCUGUGGUGGGUGUGCCCGAGUGUGCGGCUGCAAUGAGACCCGGAUGCUGGAACGGCUGCCCCGGUGUGGGAAGGCCUUCGCAGACAUGAUGCACAAGGUGGACGUCUGGAAAUGGUGCAACCUGUCUGAGUUCAUAGUGUACUACGAGAGUUUCACCAAUUGCACCGAGGUGGAGACUAAUGUUGUGGGCUGUUACUGGCCCAAUCCACUGGCCCAGGGCUUCAUCACCGGCAUCCACCGGCAGUUCUUUUCCAACUGCACAGUGGACAGGACCCACUGGGAGGAUCCCCCAGACGAGGUGCUCAUCCCACUGAUCGUGGUGCCUGUCAUAUUGACUGUGGCCAUGGCUGGCCUGGUGGUGUGGCGCAGCAAACGCACUGACCAGCUGCUGUGAGAGCCCAUUAGACAGAAGACCAUGCCAGACAAGCUGGAAGAAUGUUCCUGGGGCUGUAAGAGCUGGUGUAUGGAUGCCAUUACUGUCUGGUUUGCUGUGACUGCGUCCCAUCCCAUUCAGGCUUAGUCCCUGGUGAUUGGCCUGCUGCCUGACUGGGACUCCGGCUGUCCACUCUUCCUUGGGCCAGUGAAAGAAAGUGACAAGGCCAGGACUUGUGUGCUGGGCAUGGAAAUCAUCCUCUGCUGAACCCUUCAUUCCCCUGUGCUGGGCCAUCUUGUCUGUAGCCAUUUCCUUUCAGCAUCUUGUCCUCUCUCAGCCCCAUCUCAGCCCCAGCCUGGGACCUGACCCCUUCUCCAGCUGUAACCCUGACCCCAUUUCCUGCCCAACCCUGGCCCCUGCCCACACCCAGGUGAAAAGGGUAGAUGAGGGCAUUUUGAAGAUGUUAUGUGCUGUGGAACCCUGAGUCCUCCUGGUGAGGAACCAGGCAGAUACACUGCUAGAAAGACUGGGGAGUGAGAGAGACUGGGGAUCCCCAGGAACCACAUGCAACCUGCAGAUCUGCCUGUCAUCUCUGUUAUGGUUCUGAAACUGUUGUGGGUAGAGUGGGGCUCAGCCCUCACAGGGCCUUCUAGGCUGGGGGAGGUGUGGGCUUCCUUCCAAAGGAGCUCCCUGGAGAGUGAGGAACCCCAAGAGGGAGUCUACAUGCUAAUGUUCUCUGUCUGCUGCUCUCUGUCAUUUUUGAGUAAAGAGUCUCCCUAAC